AUGGCGUCCGUUCCAAACUUUCCACUUUUUGUGAUGUUUGUUACCGGAAAUGUAUAUCCUGGUUUAUGCUCAAAGCGUCUUUUGAUUGACAGUUCCUCCAUCUUAAUCCAGUUACAGGAAGAGGUCCAGCAGCUUAAAUCUGCCGUGACUUCACUGCAACACGAAAACAAGGUGUUAAAGAACCAUAUGGGAGGUAGUUCCACAUAUGUCAGAUGGGGAAGACCACAUUGUCCUGCUGUAAAUGGUACUAUCCUUGUGUAUUCAGGAGUUGCCGGUGGGUCUCGGCAUACGACGCACGGAGGCGGAGUAAAUCCAAUGUGUUUGCCACAUGAUCCUUCGUUUUUAUCUAGUAGUCAGCUGACUCAAGAUGGUUAUGCUGAUGCAACGAUGUAUGGUGCGGAGUAUCAAUUCAACUAUGGGAAAAUUGCCAUUGAUGAUGAUGUACCAUGUGCCGUCUGCUAUGUUCCCGCCACUGUGUUGAUGAUCCCCGCCAGAAACACCUGUCCCCCGGGUUGGACAAUCCAGUACAGCGGUAUCCUAACAGCAGACAGCGAUCAGUUUAGUCCUUCUGAAUACUUGUUAAUAGCUCUUCUGGGAGUGAAAUUGAGACCAUCGAAGUUUUCGCCUAUUUAUACUGCCAUUUUGGAUGGCAAGAUAAUUCGGUCCAAGGCGCUUCGUGCAGAUGUCAGCUACGAGAGUAGUUGA